UUAUGAUGUUGAAAAAGAAUAUACGAUUAGUCCAGAUGAUUUAGAAGAUGAGGAAUUUAAUAAAUUGCGCCAAGAAGUUAAUAGACUCAUCAAAGCAAGUGAGCAUUAUGUUGAUAAAGUUUUAUUGAAAGGUUGGAAAAAUUUAGAAUGUUAUGAUGAACGUAAGACAGUAGAAGAAAUAUCAAGAACAUGUGAUACUAAGAUCAACAAGAUGAUUCUUCUAUUAACAAAUUCAAUUUAUGGCAACAUAAUCAACGGUCAUCUUGAGAUACCAAAACUUCUAAUUUUUGCACAAUUACUUUUCGAAAAUGAACUAGACUUUCCUACUGAUAUAACUGAAGAUGAUUAUGAUAAAUUUAAAAAGAAAGUAAACAAGAUAUUCAAAGAUUCUCACUGGGAUACAGAUAUUGCACUGAUUAAUUUGGAAAAAACUGGUAGUCAUUCUAUCGCUAUACCUUUAGGUCAACAAAUUGCUAAAAAUCAAGUAAUUAUCAAC